AUGGUGCUGAUAUCCAUUUAUAGAUUGUCAAAGACUCCAACGCAAGUUUUAAUUCGGUGGUCUAUUCAACAUGGGUUCAUAACAAUUCCUAAAACAGGUCAAGAGUCAAGACUAAGAUCGAAUGCGGAUGUCUUUGAUUGGUCUAUUCCCGAUGAAGAAAUGAAAUUACUGGAUAACCUAGGUGAUCACCAAUGGUCGUGUACAUGGGAUCCGACCAAGAAUAGUCUCGAAGAAGCUGGCCUUCUAUAA